UAUCCAUACCAUAUCAACCACUACCACUGCACCAUCGUCUCUUAUAUUCUGCCGACAUAUUAAUUCUCUUCUACACCCAUAGCACCAUCUUUCUGCUCACCAACUCACUCAUUCAGCUCACCCCUCCUCUUCUCAUAUCUGUUGCUUCCAUCUCAUCAACCUCAUUUGCUUCUAGCUACCAUCUGUCCAUCGUCAUCGGUUCGUUUGCUCCACCGCCAUGAUGAAUCUCAUAUCCUUUGAGACGCCUCCUCCUCUUGGAAGGCAGCAGAGCACCGCUGCUACUGCAGUCACCGGCAUGAAGGUGGCAACGGAAGCGAGCUCUAGUGGCGCAUGCUUCCACGGUAGCAACCUAGACCUCAGCCUCGGCAUCUCCUUGUCUCCCGGAGGUAACUGCAGCGCCGCUAUCUGCGGUGACUCCGUCAUGGCAAGCUACAAAGGUCGUCCAGGUGACGGCAAUGUCGGUCGGGUGCAGGGCAGUGGCUUGGUCGUCGCUAGUACUGCCACUGCGAACACGCUUAGCACAGGGCGUGAUGGUAAUUGCCAUGGCAUUGUGCCUAGCAGCAGCUGGACGGCCGCGUUCAUGCCGAGCCCGACCGGCUUUAUGCACCCCUGGAGCCUCGCCGCCCGGCAGCAGAAGGCGGCCGCCGAGCAGGACCGGAGCAUUGCGCCGACGUCAGUGGCUACAACAUAUGUGACAAGCGAUGCUAGUGUAGUCUCACUGCCUUCUGCGGCCGUGGGCUGGCCGCCGGUUCACACCUCCCGGCGGCACCUCGUCACCGCCGUGCCAAAACCCGACGCCGAUGUGAAGCAGCCGGACGGCCCAAAGGACGGGAGGAUUCCCGCCGCGGCCUCGCCCGGCGCCGAUGAUGAUAAGGAGGUGGCGGGGGCGCCGAGGAGCUGUACUGUCGCCGUAGAACCGCAGCGGCUGCCCGCAAACAUGUUCGCCAAGGUGCAAAUGGAUGGCUGCCUCAUCGUCAGGAAGAUCAACCUGAGAGCCCACCGCAGCUACGACUCCCUCUCGCGGGCGCUCACCAAGAUGACAAGAAACUUCUUCUGCCCUGCAGAUUAUCAGAAUUCAGAUUCUGGGGAGGGAGAUUGUGCAAAUAGUGACAAUUUCAUAUUUCUAUAUGAAGACUUUGAAGGCGACCGAAUGCUUGUUGGAGAUGUCCCAUGGGAGUUGUUUCUUGCAUCGGCUAAAAAAUUAUGCAUUGCUCGCCAUCCAACUGCAAGAGAUACCAAAGGUCAUGACGAAGCAAUAAAAUUAGAUGCAAGUGUGAAGCUAUCUACGAAUAACUGAAGCCCCCCUCCCCGCCGGAAGCAACUCUAUUUGAGGCCCUCUCUAGAUAAUGAAAAAAGAAGAACUCUCCCACUUCUUCGUGUGAAGAAUAGACACGUUAAAAUUGAUCAAUGGCAUAUACGUACACAUUAUAUAUGCACAUCUCUCGGUGUGAGGUGUAGGAGACGUGUAUUGAUAUUAUGGUAUGCCUAUGCUAGUUAGAUGUGAACAGUUUGUUGUGGUGUAUCCGUGUCAGUACAUCUAUGAUGGUUGUGCAUAUAGUUUUGGAACCCUACGCAAGAAUUAAUGUUGGAAUGCAAGUGAUGAAUAAUGUUUACCGAAAAA